AUGACCCCACCCCUGAGCACCAAACCAUGUGAAGUAGGAAGUGACAAGUGGAUUCAGUGCAAUGAAGUUCCUGAGAAAUUAUGCAAGUUUCCUAUUGUGGGCCUAUCGGAAAACCAAACGUAUCAGUUCCGUGUUCGAGCCGUCAAUGCAGCAGGGAUCAGCAGACCUUCCCGGAUCUCGGACCCAGUGACCACAACUGAUCCUACAGCUGGGGACAGAAUAAUGAAUAUCCAGACUGAUAUAGGCAACAUCCUGAUUACUAAAGAUGAGCUUGAAGGAGAUGUCCGUGUCCCACACCCUCCGACUGAUCUUCAGGUGAGGGAAAUUGGACAAACCUAUGCUGCCCUCUGCUGGAAGGAACCUUGUCCCCGAGGCAGGGAACCUCUGAUGUACUACGUGGAAAAGUCAGUCGCUGCAAGCAGCAGUUGGCAGAGAACAAACUGUGAAAUUCCAGUGAGCUGCCCAAGGUUUGCUGUCACUGACUUGGUCAAAGGCAAGUUAUAUUGUUUCAGAGUCCGAGCUGUCAAUAAAUAUGGGAUCAGUGAGCCAUCGCAGCCUUCUGAAGGUGUUUCACUUGGAAAAACCCCAGCUGCUCUUUCUCCACCACAUGAUGUAAUUGCCGUCAGGAACACAAGGACGUCUGUGAUGGUUCAAUGGAAAGGACCUGAAGAUGAAACGGACCUCCGAGGGUUUUAUGUUUAUGCUUGUGAGGUUGGGACAAACAACUGGGAGACCUGCAACAAUAAACCUGUCAAUUCAAAAAGUUUUCCAGUCCAUGGCCUCACUCCUGGAAAGAAAUAUGUAUUUCGAGUGAAAUCUGUCAGUCCAGCGGGGCUCAGUGACUAUUCUGUUGAAGCUACGCCCAUUGUAGUGAACAAUCCCAUCUUUGCUAUGGCUUUCAGCUUAGAAUUCGAAAUACAGAACAGCAUUUUACACAGUCAGAUACCAAGAUAUUUUAAACAAUUUCCUUUGGAAAUCCAUGAACAGAUUACAAAUCUGUUAACUUGCACAGGCACCACAGAGAUAGAUAUCGGUGUGGACGAAGAUGGAAAUAUUUUCCUGGCUUUGCAGAACCCUGAGGCUAUGGAUGCAUCAAAGUUUGUUUGGUCCAAGGAUUACCAAGAAAUAUCAACCCCUGAGAGAGUGCUGAUUGAAACAACCGGAGACACAUCUAAACUGAUCUUGAUUGAUCCUUCGGAAGAGGAUUUGGGUACUUACUCUGUCAUCGUAACCGGAACUGAUGGUGUUUCAUCCAGUCAUACUUUAACAGAUGAAGAGUUGCAGAAUCUAAAGAAACUGAGCCAUCAAAAAAGAAACCCACUAAUUAAGGUAAAUUCGAAUUGGGCUGUUGAGCAUCUGGAGAAGGGUGCUGUUCGUCUCUGGCUGCAGGUCGAGAGCUUAUCACCAGCUGCACAGUUACGAUUCAUCUUUAAUGAGAAGGAAGUUUCAAGCACUCCGACUCACAAGAUCAAUUUUGAUAAAGCCAAUGGGAUUAUAGAAAUGAUCAUUCAGAAGUUUUCUGAUGAAGAUGAAGGCUCCUACACUGCCCAGCUGCAGGAUGGAAAAGCCAAGGGUCAGUUCACAUUGGUGCUGAUUGAUGAAAAGUUCAAAGACAUAUUGUCACAGUGUGAUUUCCAAAGGAAUGAAUGGGAGAGAAAACAAGGGCCUUAUUUUGAGAAGUACUUGCACUGGGAAGUGACUGAAGAAUGUAAUCUUCUUCUCACUUGUAAGGUGUCGAACACUAAGACCCAGAGCAGCAUUGAUUGGUUUAAAGAUGGGGAAAAUCUUUCAGAUGUGACAUAUGAUCCUCAGACUGGUCUCAGCUCCCUUUCAAUCUCACAGGUCACUAGGAAGGAUGAAGGUGUUUAUAAAGCAGUGGUGGCAGAUGAAAGGGGACGAGAUUCUAGUGUUCUUGAGUUGCUCAAUCAAGCAUUUGAUGACAUUCUCAAGGAAAUCUGCAGAAUUGGUGGCGCUUCAGCUUCAGAACUGAAAGUACAGGGCACGGCUGAUGGAAUAAAGCUAUAUUCCUUAACAAAGUGUAACAUGGAAUAUAUGAAAAAGACCUGGUAUUUAAACAACAAAUGCCUGGAGUCUCAAGAAAGAAGGAGAAUGGGAUUUGAUGAUGAACACAUUUGGCUGCAGAUCUACAAUCCUACUGAAGCAGACAAAGGGAAGUAUACCCUGGAUCUGUUUGAUGGUAAAGAGACACAUAAACGAGUCCUUAAUUUAUCAGAACAAGUAUUUAAUGAAGCAAUAACAGAACAUCAACGACUAAAGCAGGCAGCAUUUGCAGAAAAACAUAGAGCUAAAGUGGUCAAGGGUCUACCUGAUGUUGUUAACAUCAUGGAGAAUAAGGCUCUGUGCUUAUCUUGUUCCAUUUCUGGAGAUCCCAUUCCAGAGGUAUUAUGGAUGAAAAAUGAUCGCACAAUCCCUUCUGGUGAGCGCUAUCAGGUCACUGUUGACAAGAUGACUGUUAACUUCACCAUCCAACAGGUCACUUCUGAAGACUCUGGGAAAUACAACAUGUUUGUAAAGAACAAAUAUGGUUCUGAAACAGCUACUGUAACAGUGGGUGUCUAUAAACAUGGGGAAGAGUGAAUAAUUUCUCAAAGAAAACUGUUUAGUUCAGGACUUAGAACAGUCCAGCAUUGAAGAUAAAUGGCUCACUGGCAAAAACCUUUUUUUGUGUGAAAUAUUGAAUACCAGAACAUUAUGUUUGUGGUGAUAUUAGUACUUUGGUUGAAAAAGUAACAUGGAAAAUUACAGCUAGGUAUUGAGUGAGAUAGGAAUCAUUUUGAUGAAACAACGGAAAUCCGUGUCUCUCUGAAGGUGACAGAAGGAGGCAACGUUUCAGAAAAGCUAGGAAAUUGGAAGUAAAGACAAAGCCUGGGGAAGAUGAAUUUUGGAAUAAAAGAAAUUCGGCAAAAUCAAUGGAACUAAGUUCAAAUGAAAAUUGGAUGCACUUUGGAAAAGAGUAGAAACUGAGAGAUUUGAUGAGAAUGCAACAAAUAGGGUUAGAUGGGAGAUGUGUCAAAUAAGGAUUUAUGAAUCUAAAGGUAAUUUCUUGAUGCAAAUAAUUUCUACCUUCUCCUUUUCCAAGCAAUGGGAGUUAGAUUUUCAUCUUAACAAUCUCAGCAUUAAAAAUUACUCGUUCAUGAAACAGAAGAGAAAAUCCGAUGGAAAGGAUCAUAUGCUCCUUAAGGACCUGCCCUGGAUCCACAGCUGUUGCUGUGAAAGUGGUGAUAUUGGAGGGAAAUAGGGUUAGUGUUAGGAUUAAGAUUAGCAUACAGGUUAGGGUUAAAAGUAGGGUUGGGGUUAGGAGCAGCAUAGAGCUAUGUUGUUAAUCUCAAGAACUAAAAUCGGCCACAAUCCUUGCUGUCAGUUUUAGCUCAGGAAUCCUAAGUGGAAAUGUUAUGUGUAAGGACCUAGUAAGGAAAUAAUGACAUUUGCUCAUGUGUGCUGAAUGCUUAUCAAUGCUUACUUUCUGAACUGUGUGAUUAACUGCUUUUAAUAAACCAAUCAUUUCCAUGAUACAAAUUUAUGGCAUAUGCAGGAAAUUUGUCCUAAUCAAAUGUGCUACAUGCAUUCAAAAACUCUCAAAUAAUGGCAUAGUGGAUUGAGACAAAUCUUUUUCUUUAGGUUCUUGAUUAAUAUCC